UAAUCCAGCUCACAUCUCACAUGGCAACUUCACAAUUCAAUUCUCACUUCAAACGUUGUUGAGUUACCUUAAUGGUCACUCUUCUUUCUUUGUUUUCUGAUUCUUCUUUGGUUGAAUAGUGUUGUCACCAUUUUAACUCUUAGCAUAGUUGCAUACAAAAUGAAGAGAACAGACUCUUUCAUCUCCUCUCAAUGCUUUGUUUACCUUAUCAUUGAAGCACUGUUACUAUCAGAGAGUUCAAUAGCAGAACCAAGGGCGAAAACGAUCCAAAUCACAUGUGGCAAUCAAUUUGAGCACAACAACACCACCUUUGUUCCGAAUUUCGUUACAGCCAUGGACAAUAUCACUCAACAGAUUAGCACUAAUAUCUUUGCAACAGCAGUUGCAGGCACAGGACCAGACACUAACUAUGGCCUGUUUCAGUGCUAUGGCGAUCUUUCCUUACUUGAUUGCGCAUUGUGUAACGCUGAGGCACGCACGGUUCUUGCCGGAUGCUUCCCUUAUAACGGUGGUCGAAUUUACCUUGAUGGUUGCUUCAUGAGGGUUCAGAACUAUAGUUUCUUUAAUCAGUAUUCAGGAGCAGGAGACAAGGCUAUAUGUGGGAACACAACUAGGAAGAACUCGAGUUUUCAAGCAGCAGCAAAGCAAGCAAUUUCAACAGCAGUUCAAGAUGCACCAAACAACCUUGGCUAUGCUAGAGUUAAGGUUUCUGUGUCAGGAACAAUUAAUGCGUCCGCUUAUGUUCUGGCUGAUUGUUGGAGGAAUUUGGACCCAAGAUCUUGCAAAGCAUGUCUUGAGAACGCAUCUUCUUCUAUAUUGGGAUGCUUGCCUUGGUCGGAAGGGCGAGCACUUAACACCGGUUGCUUCAUGAGGUACUCAGACACAGAUUUUCUCAACAAGGAACAACAAAAUGGGAGUUCAAAAGUGAACGUAGCAGUGCUAGUUGUUCCAAUAGUCAGUUCAGUGGUUGUUCUGGUGGUUGGAAUUGUUAUUGGGAUUUAUAUCUGGAAACACAGAUACAUUCAAAACAAAAGAAGAGGUUCAUAUGAUGCGAAAAAACUAGCAAAGUCCCUUCACUGCAGUGGCUUGAAUUUCAAGUACUCUACACUGGAAAAGGCGACUGGAUCCUUUGAUGAUGCUAACAAGUUAGGCCAAGGAGGAUUCGGAACAGUUUAUAAGGGAGUUCUACCUGAUGGAAGACAGAUUGCCGUCAAGCGGUUAUAUUUCAACAACAGACAUAGAGCUGUGGAUUUCUACAAUGAAGUUAACAUAAUUAGCCAAAUCGAACACAAGAAUCUAGUUAGACUGUUAGGAUGCAGCUGUUCAAGACCUGAAAACUUGCUUGUAUAUGAAUUUCUUCCCAACAGAAGUCUUGACUGCUUCAUUUUUGACAGAAAUAAGGGAAGGGAACUGAAAUGGGAGAAGAGAUAUGAAAUUAUUGUUGGGACAGCUGAAGGACUAGUUUACCUGCAUGAGAACUCUGAAAUCAGGAUAAUUCACAGAGAUAUAAAAGCUAGCAACAUCCUAUUGGAUUCAAAGCUUCGUGCAAAAAUUGCAGAUUUUGGUUUGGCUAGAUCCUUUCAAGAAGACAAGAGCCACAUAAGUACAGCUAUAGCAGGAACUUUGGGCUAUAUGGCUCCAGAGUACUUGGCUCAUGGUCAGUUAACAGAAAAGGCCGAUGUAUAUAGUUUUGGAGUGUUACUGUUAGAGACAGUUACUGGGAGACAGAACAACGGAGGCAAAACAACAGAAUAUUCAGACAGCCUAGUUACAAUUGUAUGGAAGCAUUUCCAGAUGGGGACUGCAGCACAAUUAUUUGAUCCAAAUCUUCAGUUGCAUAACCAUAACAGCAGCAAUACUAAGAAUGAGGUUUUAAGAGUGGUUCAUAUAGGUCUUCUAUGCAUCCAAGAGAACCCUACACUGAGACCAACUAUGUCAAAGGCACUACAUAUGUUAACAAAGAAGGAGGAGCACCUUGCUGCUCCCUAUAAUCCACCCUUCCUAGAUGAGAGUACCAUGGAACUGCACGACAUGAGUAGCGACCCAUCUUCCCCUCUCAAUGUACCAACAUCAAUUGCUACCAUGUCGCAUAGCUCGUUUUAUCCGAGGUGACCAUGAAGAUGCAGAGAAACACACUCCAUACAGCAUGUCUAUCGUCUUCACUUUUGAAUGGCAUGAUCUGGCUUAGACCUAUGAAUUUAAAUGCAUGCUUUGGAUAUGGGAACCUAUAAAGCCAAAUUCCAAUGGGUGUUUUGGCAAGAAGACAGUACAUACUGUAUAUACCUAUGAUUAACAUGCAUUAUAGAAAUUUGGAUCAAUCAGAUAUGUAACAGCCCAUAAUUAAUAAUUACUUUACCAGAACUGAAUAUGUCAAAUGAAACAUUCAUGCAGUGAAGAAUGCAUGUAUAGUGCA